AUGGUCUGCCCCCGUACGGCUUCUGCUGCGCUGCUCGUCUCCUGCGCCGCAGCAGCAGCAGCUCCGCUGCUGCUCAGGGGCCCCCCCUCAGGGGCCCCCAGGGCCCGCAGAGAUCCUGCAGAGGCCCAGGCAGAAGCAGCAGCAGCAGCAGCAGUGCUAGCAGCAGAAGCUUACAUUCAAGAGCUGCUGGAGCUCAGUGGCCUCACCACGCUGCAGCAGGGGCAGCAGGCAGCAGCAGCGAGAGAACCCGGGUCCGGCGUCCCUGCGGAGCAGCAGCAGCAGCAGCAGCAGAAAUGGCCGGAGCACUCGAUGCUGCUGCAGCACACGGAUGAGCAGCAGCAGCAAGAGGAGCAGCGACGGCAGCAGCAGCGCAGGCAGCAACGCAGGCAGCAGCAGCUGCUGCUGCAGCUGGCAGAGGAGGAAGAACACAAUGGAGAGGUCCAGCUGAGAGACCACGAGGUGCAGCAGCAGCUGCAGCAGCAGCAGCAGCAGGAAGAGGAGCAGGAGCUGCAGCAGGGGGAAGAGGAGCUGCAGCAGGAGAAAGAGGAGCAGGAGCAGCAGGAGGAAGAGGAGCUGCAGCAGGAGGAAGAGGAGCUGCAGCAGGAGGAAGAGGAGCUGCAGCAGCAGCAGGAAGAGGAGCUGCAGCAGGAGGAAGAGGAGCUGCAGCAGCAGGAAGAGGAGCUGCAGCAGCGGGAUGAGGAGCAGCAGCAGCAGGGUGAGGGGCAGCAGCAGCAGGAGCAGCAGCAGCAGGGUGAGGAGCAGCAGCAGGAGCAGCGACUGCCAGAAGAGCAGCAGGAGCAGCAGCAGGAGGAAAGGGAGCAGCAGAACCAGCAGCAGCAGCAGCAGCUGCAGAAGCAGCUGCAGCAAGAGCGGAAGGAAGACAAGCAAGAGCAACAGCAGCAGCAGCAGCCGCAGCAGGCCGGCGAAGUGCACAGUGGCAGCGGGGCAGCAGCAGCAGGGGAAACAGAGUCGGAGGCAGAUAAGGAGGCAGCAGCAGCAGCAGCAGCAGCAGCAGAAGCAGAGCAGGAGCAAGAAAGAAGACCCACAGUUAGGGGACUUUUUAGAAAGUUGAAGCAGGGUUUCAGGUCUGGUGUGGAGAUGAUGAAGCAGAAGGUCCAGGUUUUGACUGCAGCCGCCGAGUGGGGAGAGCUGCUGCAACGGGGACUCAAUGAGGUAGCAACGGCAACAGCAGCAGCAGUUGCUUCAGCAGCAGCAGCAGUUGCUGCAGCAGCAGCAGCAGUCGCCGCAGCAGCAGCAGCAGUGCUGCAGCAGCAGUGCGGCAGCAGCAGCAGCAGUGCUGCAGCAGCAGCAGCAGUUGCUGAAGCGGCGGCAGCAGGAGCAGCAGUAGCAGCAGCAGCAGUAGCAGUAGAAGCAGUUACUGCAGCAGCAGUUGCUGCUGCAGCAGUAGCAGCAGCAGCAGUUGCUAUAAGUCCUGCGGAGGCAGCUGCUCAGCUUCCGCUGCAGCAAGAGCUGCUGCAGCAGCUACAGCAGCAGCUACAGCAGCAGCUACAGCAGCAGCUGCAGCAGCAGCUGCAGCAGCAGCAGCAGCAAGCUGCUGCUGGGGCGUCGCGCUCUUAG